AUGAAUGCAGCGGAGAACCCAACCAUACCGGGACCGGGAACCCUUGGUGAGUCUGGCUUUGAGCAUGGUGAACAUGGGCAUCAGGAUGAUCAGAGCAAGUCGCCUGUGAUUGAUAGCAAGGAGGAUGAAGAGCGUGGCAGAUCUCGGUCACCAAGACCCCAGCUGAAUGUACCGGAACCCAACCCAGAGAGCCCAUUGGAAGUCCUAUCAGCCUGUACAUCACUGGCAGUUGGAGUAACUUCCAUGGUGGCAGCCCUCAAGACGAGCAGUGAGAAACUUGAGGUGUUGAUCGGCAACACACAGUCGUUGCAGAACGACUUGGUCCGAUCUAUGGACGUACUUGCUAAGUCAAUAGCAAGCAUGAGCCAUUCUGUCGAAUGGUCUAUGAACCGAACCGUCGGCGACAUGAUGAAAGAAGCUGUGUCGAAGGGAACCGAGGAUGCCAGCAAUAUGGCCACUGGAGUUCUUUCUCCACCCAUGGCACCUGCAGUUGCACCUCCACAACCACCCCCAGCCAUGGCAGUGGCCACAUUCGCUGGAUAUUCGCCAGCAAAGGUGGGUGAACCACCCAUGGGGCAUCCAGCGAACCUAGACGUUCCGUUCAUGAAGAAUCCACCGGUUUGUGUGUUGGAUGAAAGCACAGGUGGUGUGAGGAAUGUGUCGCCGACACGGCAGCUGAAUCCCGCCACGGGCACCGCUGCCUUCUCACCGCUUGGCUACAUGGUUUUGAAGAACAGCACGGACUAUCGGAGGAUUUAUCCGUGA